AUGUUCGGCAACGCAGCCUUCCUACCCGUUGCGCCUAUGGAGCCCCUAAUGGUCCCGAUUUUCGACCCGGCUCAUUUCGCCCAAGAAGCGGCCCAAUUUGGCUUUCCAACCCCCGAAUCUGCCCCGGCCCAUGGAAUCUGGACUCCGGAUGGAUCCCCUUCUGCCAUGGCUGCUCCUGUUUUCCAGCAAGCUCCUCCUAUCCUCGCCUUUCCCUCUGAUGAUCGCGUCCUUUACGGCUACAGCGGGGAGUACUUCAGCCCAAGCAUUUUCUACCCUGAUGGCAGUGGCCAAAUUAUCCAAGCCGCUCCCGAAGCAGCGUUCUUCGGCCCUCAUUACCCCGACUUCGCACGAGAAGAAAUGAUCGAACGAAUGAAACAAAUGGAAAGAGAAUUGGACAACUCUUUUUGCCGAAAGACUGCUCCGAUUGUGUGCACAUUGAUGGGCUUCCUGAAGAUAUUACUAAAGACCAACUUGCCGAGAAGUUCAAAGCUGCUGGAACAAUCCGUGUUACCAAAGGGACCCAACGAAUCUUCCUGUUCUUGGACCGAAUGA